AUGUCGGCAAAAGUCGAGUGCCCGAUCUGCAAUCGCAGCGUGCCAGAGGCAAAUAUCAACCUCCAUCUGGACCUCCAGUGUCCAGGUGCACCGGGCCUCUCGUCGCCGCCGGCGUCGGCCGCGCCGGGACCGAGCGCGCAGAAGCGCCUGUCUACGUCACAGGACGACAGUGAAGUCGAGGUGCUGGACCAGACACCUGUGCCGCGGAAGAACACGCGAUCGCGGCCUCUGGCAGCGGCAAACCCGUCUGCUGGCCCGUCGUCCACUGCGCCGGAGCGCGAGCCAGCCGUCAAGCGCGAGGCGAACGAGUACCUCAGUGGCUCUGGAGCUGAGAAGCGACGCCGGGUGAAUGCUCUUGUGGCAAAUCAGCCACUAGCAGAACGCUCGCGGCCUUCCUCUCUCGACACAUACAUCGGCCAGGAAGAUAUCGUGGGGCCAGGGAGCCUGUUGAGGUCACGCAUAGAGAGGGGAGAGGGCGUGGGGAGCUGCAUUCUCUGGGGGCCGCCAGGGAGCGGCAAGACAACCCUCGCACGUCUGAUUGCCAAGACUGCAAACGCCGACUUCAAAGAGCUGUCUGCAACCAGCGCAGGGACCUCGGAUGUGCGCCAGAUCUUUGAACAAGCGAAGAACGGGCUGUUGUUGACUGGACGCAAAACCAUUAUGAUGGUCGACGAGAUUCAUAGGUUCAACAGGCCGCAGCAAGACCUGUUCCUCCCUUAUGUGGAGAACGGCUGGGUUCAGCUCAUUGGCGCGACCACCGAGAACCCCAGUUUCAAGGUGAACGGAGCCCUGCUCUCGCGAUGCCAGGUGUUUGUCCUCUCCGCCCACCCGCCUGAACACCUGGAGGCGAUCUUGAGGAACGCGCUCAGGUCGCUCCCACCUCCAGUCCCAAGGCUGCCGCCACAACUGCUCCCCUUCCUCGCAGAUGUCGCAGACGGAGACGCACGCCAGGCGCUGAACGGACUAGAGCUCGCACUGAAAGUGUGCGAGACGCCAGAGUUCAGGCAGACGACGCUGGACGAGGUGGUGAAGUCGGAGCCUUCAGUCAGCGGGAAGGUGAAGAGCGAGCCUCCGUCAAGUGGCGACGCCGAUGAUGAUGACGACGCGGCAUUGCGCGAUCGAUUAGACGAGCAACUCAAGCGAGACGAGCAGCUCAUGGAGGCUGUACGCCGUGGCUUGAGGAAAGGCUACGACAGGACCGGCGAGGAGCGGUACGACAUGAUCUCGGCGCUGCACAAGUGUCUCCGUUCGAGCGACGGGUCUGCCAGCAUGUACUGGCUUGCAAGGAUGAUCACAGGUGGCGAGGACCCGCUGUACAUUUGUCGCCGGCUAGUCGUCAUGGCGAGCGAGGACAUCGGGCUCGCUGAUCCUCAUGCGCUGCCGCUCGCCAUGGCCACGUACCAGGCCUGCCAGGUCAUCGGACUUCCAGAAUGCCGGAUCAACUUGGCGCACUGUGUAGCAUACUUGGCCGAAGCACCCAAGAGCACCCGCUCGUAUGAAGCCUACAAGCGUGCGGAGAGCCUCGCAACGAAUCCACCACUCCCGCCCGUUCCCCUCCAGGUCCGCAAUGCGCCAACGCGACUGAUGAAGAAGCUCGGGUACGGCAAGCACUACUCUUACAACCCCGACUUUGCGCACCCAGUGUGGAACGAGACCCUCCCGCCACCACUCGCCGAACGCUCUUCGAUGGACCCCAAGGCGCCAAUGAAGCACAUCCUGCGCACUCCCGAGAACGAGGUAUCCGACAAGGCGUGGGACGAGGAGCGGCUCAAGGAGUGGGAGGAGCGAGCCAACGGCGGGAAGCCGUGGAAGGGUAGGGCUGUGCGGAGAGCGAAGAUGAUGGCGGGGGAAUGGGUGCCGCGCGCUCAGCAUCAGAAUGCCGAGGAGCAGUACUCGAGGGGCACGGAGCAGCAGCCUGCACGUGAGCAAGGACGCGGAUAGCAGUCACUGCCACACAACCCUAACA